AUACCGUUAAAUCCAAAGAAGAAAGAAAACCACCACACAGGAAAUCACAAGGUUCCUUCCUUCUCCUCUGUUCCUCAUCGUCCUCAUCACAAAUCCAAACAACGAUCGACAAAUCGAGAUUAACACAAUCUCAACACACGUUCCUGUCUCUGUCACAAGCAAAUCGAAAACCCUAAUUUCUCUUGUGAUGUUGGCAGAUUGGAUUUGGAGCAGUGAAUCAACGUUCAGUUGAGGACGGAUGAACAACCCUAGGAGCAGGAUCAUCAUAGAUGCUUGUCUCUGGAGUAUCAUGGGAUCUCAAGUGGCUACUGCAGUUUGUGAUCUCCGCGUUUGUGGUGGUUCUUGGAUUGCACACUCUCGUCAAGAAUACGGCGUCAAAGUACUUUGAGGUCGACGCCAAUUUCGACGCCAUGCCUGGCCUUCUCAUGGAUGAUACCGUUUGUGUCCUCUGCCGCAAAAACGCCACCAAGAAGUGCUCUCGCUGCAAAUCCGUUCGAUACUGCUCAGAAGCAUGCCAACAGUUGCAUUGGAAAUCUGAACAUAAGAUGAAAUGCAAGGCUUUACAGAGCAACAGUGCAAUAAGCUUGGCUAAAGCUUCCGCAGCUGUGAAUAAAACCACAUCUUCAAUUUCCCUGAUCCCGCAAUGUGGUCGUGGAACUUUCAGGCCUAUCAAGCAGCCUAAAAAUCCUCUCUUUCCUUAUGAUGAGUUUGUCAAAUUGUUUAACUGGGACAAGCCAGGAUUUCCUCCCUGUGGACUCUUGAAUUGUGGAAACAGCUGCUUUGCGAAUGUGGUUCUCCAAUGUCUUUCAUUCACAAAGCCACUUAUUGCCUACUUGUUGGAGAAGGGUCACCGCAAAGAAUGCUGCCAUAAUGAUUGGUGCUUUCUAUGUGAAUUUGAAAUCCAUGUUGAAAGGGCAAGGCUAAGUUCACAAGCGUUUUCUCCUAUGAAUAUUCUGUCUCGUUUGCCUAAUAUUUCGGGUACACUGGAUUGUGGAAGACAAGAGGAUGCUCAUGAGUUCAUGAGGUUUGCCAUUGAUACUAUGCAAUCUAUUUGCCUUGAGGAAUUUGGUGGAGAAAAAGCUGUGCCUCCUAACCUUCAAGAAACAACCCUUAUUCAACACAUUUUUGGUGGACACCUUCAAUCUGAGGUGAUUUGCACAGAAUGUGAGAAGAAUUCAAAUCAGUAUGAAAAUAUGAUGGACUUGACAGUUGAAAUUCAUGGAGAUGCUGCUUCCUUGGAGGAAUGUCUAGACCAGUUUACUGUUAAGGAGUGGCUUCAUGGGGAUAAUAUGUAUAAAUGUGAUGGGUGCAAAGGUUAUGUCAAGGCAUGGAAACGUCUCACAGUGAAACGGGCUCCAAAUAUUCUUACUAUUGCCUUAAAAAGAUUUCAGAGUGGGAGUUUUGGAAAACUUAACAAGAGAGUAACUUUCCCCGAGACUUUGGAUCUUAGCCCUUACACAAGUGAUGUUGGAGAUGGAUCUGACAUCUAUAAGCUUUAUGCCGUUGUAGUCCAUAUUGAUAUGCUGAAUGCUUCAUUUUUUGGUCAUUACAUCUGCUACAUCAAGGAUUUCCAAGGAAACUGGUAUAGAAUUGAUGAUUGGAAGGUUAUGGGUGUGGAAUUGGAGGAGGUGCUUUCUCAGGGCGCAUACAUGCUGCUGUAUAGCAGGGUUAAUGCACGACCCUCAGGACUUCAAAGUAUUGAAUCUUCAGAGGCGGCAGAUAUGAAAACAUUCGAAGUGGGAGUGCAGCCUGGCUCUUCUAAACAAGCUGAGUGCUUUUCAGAUACGAAUACUGCGACUUACAGCAAAGGGUGUGAGGCUCUUCCAUUUGGUAUUAGUCCAGAGUUGAAGAUUUCUGCCAGUGAAUCUGUGUCUUUGACCGAAAUGAGCUGUGGUGCAAAAAGCGAGCAUUCUAAUGAUAUGGAUGUUGAGGUUGCAAAUGAAACUUCCUCUAGUGGCGUUGAAUCAUCUUAUAUCUGCAGUUCUCAAGCUGCCGAACAUUGGGGGGAUAUAGAUAUUACCAGAUCAAAUCCAUGCUCAUCUGUUUUAGGAGAGAUUUCAGGCUGUAAAAAAGAGCAAGAUGAUAGUGAUAUGGCUAAAUCUGCUCCUUCUCUAGUUUUGCCAAAUGGCUUCUCGGGCUUUGAUAAGGAUUCUUAUGUUUCAGAGGAUUAUCAGAACUUAAGGGGAGAUUCAGAACAUGUAGAUGCGAUUGAGUGCAAGUCAAUUGCAGCAAAAGACAAUGUGAAGCUUAGCAAUGGGUAUGCCAGUUCAAACAUACAUGAUAUGCCUGUUGAAGAUGGUGGUGCUGUAUUUUCUGGGGUCGGUUCUUGUUCGAGUGAAACAUCCUCAGCUGAGAUGCAUCAAUUGAAGCGGAGAUUGCCAUUUUACAGUUCUGAAGCUGAGGAAGGAAAUGAACUCAAUAAAAUGGAAUCAGCAGGGAACAAGUUAAUAAAGUAGGUGCAGCUAUUUAUAUUAUUUGUUCAUAUCAAUUUGAUAACCCCAUCAUCAGAAAGAGAGAUGGUGAGUUGGGAAAUUUUUGUCUGGGGUUUCAUUAUUUGCUGGAACCUUGGACCUCAUUGUAACAUUGUUGAUGGAUUCUCUAAUUUUAUUUUAGUGAUAGAAUUAACUGCUUAACCCUAA